AUGACUGAAAAUGAAUCUUUUCUCUCAGAAACUUCAAAUCAAAUUACCAAACUAUGGAAUGAAAUAGGCUACACAAUGUCUGAAACUAAAAAGGAGAAAAAGCAAAUUGAAGAAGAGCUUUUAAAUGUACUUGCAACUCAUUUACAGAAAGUUCAACAGGAAAAGAAAGAUAUUGAAGAUAAAAUCCAACAACUAACAGAAAAUUACAGAAAUCUUCAACAGGCUGUCGGUCAGAAGCCAUCAGCAGAAAUUCAAUUACCUCAAACAUCAUUAAGACAACGUCAUAAUGAAAUAUUAGCUCAAUAUUUAGCACUAAGGAAUCAAUUUAAAGAUAAAAUACAAAGUUUCCAAGUAUUGCAAACAGAAAUAGAAAGUCAAUUCGAUAUUCUCGGAGUACCAGCUGAGCAAAGAGGUGAAUUCACUUCAGUAGGUGAUAAAGAUUUGUCAGAUGCAAGAUAUUAUCGCUUCAAAUCUAAGAAUAGCGAACUUGCCAAAGAAAUUGAAAACAGAACUGCAACAAUGACAGAAAAUCUCAAAACAAUCAAUGAUACACUUAAUGAACUCGAUGAGAAAAUACCAAAAGAAAUUGAUGAUCUUUUCUUAUCUGAUUCCAUUACGAAUGAAUCAAUGCAAAAGGUAGAUGAAUACAUGAGGAACUUAAAUGCUGAAAGAGAAAAUAGAAUUAAAGAUCUGAAAGAUGUUGCUCAAGAGAUUAUUUAUAUGUGGCAAAUAUUAAACACUUCAAAAGUCGAACAAGAUAAGUUCUUUGCUACUCAUUCAACUCUUAGUCGUUCUAAUAUUGAAUCAUCUAAGGAAGAACUCAAACGCCUUCAAAAUCAACGAAUUCAACAACUUCCAGAAAUUAUCACUCGUCAACAAAGUGAAAUUCAGCAACUCUGUGAUAAACUUCAUGUAGGAACAUCAGUAGAUAUAACAAUCAAUCCAAAAGUCAUUACAAAUAAGGAAGAAGUUUUCAAUGAUUAUCAGGAAGAAAUUUUGAAGCUCAAAUCAAUAUUAGCAGAUGCAUCUAGUUUCUUUGAUCUUAUUGAGCAGCGUGAAGCACUUGUUUUUGAGCAAAACUCAAUUGAACAUGCAAGAAACGUCAGAGCUAAAUCUAAAAACAAUUUCACAGAGCCAAGUAUCAAAGUUAAAGAAGAAAAUGACUUAAGAAGAUGCAGAAAUCUCUUACCACGUAUUGAAAGGAAGCUCAAACUCGCUCUUCUUGAAUUUAGAGGACGUCAUGAAUCAGAUUUCAUGUGGGAUGGCCAGCCAUACAUUGGAUACCUCGACCACAUAAUUCUUAGCGAUAUGGAAAUCAAUAGAGCUCUGAAUUCAAGUAGAAGAGAAGUAAGAAAAAGCAGAAAGAGCGUUGCUCCUACUGCGGAACCUCUUCUUCAUGAAAAGUCAAUAAAAGCACGUUGUAAAACAGAUGUUUACGGCAUGCAACCAAAACAUUUGAUGAACUUGUAA